AUGAGGGUCCCCGCUGCCCUCUCAGGCUGGGCUUGUGCCGCUCUCUGCCUGGCAUCCAGCUCCUCUGCCUUUUCCCAUGGGGCUGUCUCGGUGGCCUGUGUGGACAUGCAGCCCAAGCACAUUCCAGCCCAGCCUCGGAACCCCAGGACCCCCCACAUCACCAUUCUCACUGGCAGUUCUUCCAACUCACCGGGUGACAUGGCUUCGGACGGGUGUGAUCAUGACAUCACCCACCUCGUAAUGUUGCAUAAGGACGAAGGAGCCAGUAUCUGCCAACUGCGUGGACCAGUUCCCAGCAACCGUAAGCAUCACACAAGCAUCAUCGUUCCUCAGAAAGACCGUGGCUUUGUCCUUUUCCCUCACAUUUUAUCAGUGGUCCAGUCAUAUUUUGUUUACUGGGCGAGGAUUGAAUCAUCUGUCAUGUCUCAACAGACACACAGUAGAUCUAGUUCCGACAGCCACGUGGAGUCUGGCUCACCUAUGCCAGGCCCUGGGCAGAGGCCAGAGGGCAGGGAAGGAACCGCCCCAGUGUCUCUGGGCCUCCGCUUGGCCCCCAGGGUCCCCGUCACUCUUCCUCAGCAGCGCACAGAUAUCUCUGCUGUGGCCGUCCCUGGAGCUGCAGAAGGGGACAGCUUAGAUCCUGUUCCUGCCAAUGUUCAGGUGACAGAAUUUCCUGGGGCUGCAGAGACUCCAUUCCAAGCAUCUUCACACAUAGCUGCCAUAGUCAGCGAUGGCCACCAGCCCAGUGGGGACAGCAACCGAACCCUGGAACCAUCCCUGGACGUUCGUGGGCUGGAGAGGUUCAUGGCCAUCAGAGGAUUCUCCUCAGAGAGCUUUGCUUCCAGCCCUAGCACCCACCACAGGACUCAGAAUGAUCCAAGCUUUGAUUCAUUGGAAACUUGCCUACCCUCGGAUAGGGAUGAACAGGACAAGAUGAAGGCCUCAAAUAGGAGGGUGAUGAGGCCUCCUCUGUACACUGUCCAUCUUUCCUAUCCUCGCCUCUGGUCCUCUGGGGCACUCACUGGACAUGGGGCCAGGGCGGCCAAUCCAACCCCUGUCCUCCACACCUCUGCCACCUCCAGGCCACCCACUGCCAGUGGCCAGCCAGAGGCAUCAAGACCCUCUGCCAGCUUCCUUCCUCAGUCAAAGCACAAGGGGCCCAAAGUGAGGGAGGGCAAUGGAGAGAGUGGCGUGGGACACCCCAGGAAGACCAACCCAAGGCCUGAGCUUGGGCAAGACGCAGCCAGGGCCCCUUUGGGGAUCCAGCUCGGGACUCUGCAGCUGGGAAUCCUGCUUUGCCUUUCAGCUGCUUUGGGCAUGGCCGUGGCUGUUGGCCUUCGCUACCUGCAUACCCAGUCUUGCCACAAGCAGACAGAAGGAUCCUUUAGUGCGCCUGCUGGGGACGCAGCUGCCAGGAGUGAUGGAGGCGAGAUCGUGCAGGUCAGGAGGACUGGGGAGAAGAGUUUUGUUCUGGUUGAAGCAGAAUACAACGGGGUCACUCCCUCUGUGGGUAGCAAGGAAACAGUCCUCUGA